GCUGUAACAGCUAUUGGAUGUCCUUCAUCUCCCGAACCUGAAGGACCCUGUCCUGACAGAGUAAAAAUCCUCUUGCUUUUGCAUCAAUUGCAGCUGUGUGAGUGGUGUCUGGAGCAACUCCUCCCUGAUGUUUGGACUUCUAGUCCAACAUUUUGGUGUGUUGGCCAGGAAUGAGUUGCUUCCAUACCCAUUCCAGGCCCAGUUGGAGGGAGAAACUGACAGUCAAAAUGCCGGGUUCAUGGCAAAUCUCAGAGGCAAGGCACCCCACUAAUUCAGCCAAGUUCCAGGGGAUCCAACUCGCUCUUCUGACCUCUGCAAGCACCAGGCAUGCACACGGUUCACAUACACAGAUGCAGGCAGACACCCAGAUAUAUAACACUGUGGGAGUUUGACUGUAAUUUACCCACAGAACUGCCAAGACCACACUCGAGAGGUAAAUAAAUGUGAUGCUAAGGUAAGUAUUUGAAAACUUAAUAGGCAUAAGUACGCUGUGGAGAAGCCCUAUAAAUUCCGAGUGUGGCAGAGCCUUCCCUGGGAGCUCCCAUCUCAAAUCCUUCUGAGAGUUCACAUUGGUGAGAAGCCCUGUGUCUGUGGUAAAAGUUUCCAGGGCGUUAGCUCUUGGAGUGUUGCAAGAGAGAGGAAGAGCUUCAGUGAUAGCUCCAGAGAAACCAUACCCAGGAGACUCUUACGUGAAGGGUAUGAGGAAGCCUUCAGGCACACCCCCAGUCAGAGAAGCCCCGUAGGUGCCCGUAGGCGAGGAAGCCUUCAGUUGGAGCUCCAGUCUUUGCCUCCUCCAGAAAGCACACAAAAUACUUAUAUCUCAAAAUAUCAGCUCUAGAAGCUGUUUUGCUAAGAGUUAAAAAAUCUUUCUUUCUUCCUUUUUUCUUUGAGACAGGAUUUCUCUGUGUAGCCUUGGCAGUCCUGGAACUCACUUUGUAGAACAGGCUGGCCUCAAACUUUCAGAGAUCUCUGCCUCUGGCUCCGGAGUGCUGGGAUUAAAGGCGUGUGAAAGAGUUAAAAAUCUUAAACCAUUCAUUAGUGCCGUCAGGAAGGAAAUCCUUUAUCCACCUCCACUGACCUCAGGCACCUUCGAGCAGCAGUCUCCAGCAGAACCUUCCUUCUACAGAGACUUAGGUGAGGCAGUGUGUCCACGCAUCAGCUCAGGUCAUGUGCCCCAAAGCUUGAUUCUGAGUAUGGAAUCUCCCAGGGUACAUGCCCGAAGUGGGGCAUCACGUCCCUGAUGCAUGCGUCCCUGACGCAUGCACGGUAUUUCCUGGAAUUCUAACACCAGAACUCAGUAGUUCACAUACCACUCCAAACCUAAUGUGGAAGUCCCCUUUGUAUGCUGUGAAUAUGUUUUAUCAUCAUUGGUUAAUUAAAAAAAAAAGCUGCUUUAGCCAGUGAUAGGGCAGAAUAGAGCUAGGUGGGAAAUAAAACUGAACAUUGGGAGAAAGAAGGCAGAGUCAGAGAGACGCCAUGUAGGCACCGAAAGAAACAGAUGCCAGAUGGAACCUUACCAGUAGGCCACAGUCAUGUGGCAAUACACAGAUUAAUAGAAAUGGAUUAAUUUAAAAUAUAAGAGUUUCUUAAUAAGAAGCCAAAGCUAUUGGCCGAGCAGUGUUGUAAUUAAUACAGUUUCUUUGUAAUUAUUUCGGGUCUAGAGGGCUGGGAAAUGAACGAGCGGUCUCCACCUACACAAACCCAUAAACAGUGCUCAGUCUUUGAAUUACCCUCUGUGUUAUAAACCAAGCAGGAGAUGGCCACUUUCCAAGGAAGCAAGCUCAGACUUCAAUUGCUUCUUCUUCCCUACCACUCACAUCCAGCUGUUUCCCCAGCCCCAGGUUUGGUUUGGUUUGGUUCUGGUUGAGAGAUGUCUCAACUGUUAAGAGCACUGGAUGCUCUUCCAGAGGUCCUGAGUUCAAUUCCCAGCAACCACAUGGUGGCUCACAACCAUCUGUAGUGAGAUCUGGUGCCCUCUUCUGUGCAUGCAGAUAGAUAACAAAUGAAUAAAUCUUUAAAAAAAAAUCACAUGAUGCAGUCACUAGAAAAUGAACCCAACUUAGAGAUGCAAUGAUUAGUUAAAGCCUACAAACUAAACAAAAUUUCCAGGGCACUUAUGACUGCCAGAGAUUUCCUGACUCGGGUGAGCAAGUAGAUAACUAUGAUUCCCCUAAAAUCAAAAAUGAGAUCUGCCUUCCUCUACCUCCCAAGUGCUGGGAUUAAAGGAGUGUGCCACCAGCACCCAGUGACAGUCUUUUUAAACUUAUUUUACAUGUAGGAGUGUUUUGCCUACAUCUGUGUAUAUGCAUUGUGUGUGUACAUAAGACAGUCAGAAAAUGGCAUCGGAUGCCCUGGAAUGGUAGGUACAGAGCCACUGCAUGGGGGCUGGGAACUGAACCCAGUCUCCUCACUCCUGAGCCACCCCUGAAACCCCAAUGAGAAGGACAGUCUUUGUGAGUCUGUUGUCUGCACACUUACACAGACCCUAAAGCCAAUCAGGAGCAUCCAGAAUAGAGAGGAAGAACGCCCAAGUUUUAGAACGGGUUAAUGAAAGAGCCAGGAUCAUCUGCCUGUUGACACAGGGACUCUAGAGGCGGAGGCUGGAGGACGGUUUGAGCUCUGAGGUUAGAGAGCAGCCUGGACUACAGAGUGAGCAAGGUCUGAAAAACAGCGUGAGUACGGAAGCUAGUCCUGACGCAGGAUGCCCAGGAGGUGUGCUGGGGAGGGUGUCCCCAAGACAUAAGAACAGAAUGGCCACCACGAACUGGGUUCUGGAGCCCUGAAGUGGAAGGCUGGGAGGCCAUUCAUGUAAGAGAGGUGAUUGGCAGUUUUUUUAGCUUUAGGAGUGGAUCUGGUCAGUGCCCUGGCUAGACCUGAUGAUGAAGGAUUGCUGAAACUUUGUCAGUGGGGCUAAAAAAUGGGGAGCCUGAAACUGGAGAACCAGACGGAGGCUGCUUUCUCCUCUGGACAGCUUGCUCCAAUCAUCAGCAAGAAACGAGACUUUUGUGAAAACAACCAAACACACUGCUCUUCUGCUUAUCUCUGACUACACACGUUACACGUGAAAGUGUGUAAACAUGGACGACUCAGAGAGCUGGAAAUAAAUACGGUCACAGUGUACCUAAAUGAGGCAAUUCCACUUACGGGUUUGGUUUUUUGUUUUUGUUUGUUUGUUUGUUUUUGGUGUUGAUUUUGGUUUGGUUUUGGUCUUUUUGAGACAGAGUUUCUCCACGUAACAGUCCUAGCUGUCCUGGAACUAGCUCUCGUAGAUCAGGCUGGCCUCAAACUCACAGAGAUCCACCUGCCUCUGCCUCUGCCUCUGCCUCUGCCUCUGCCUCUGCCUCUGCCUCUGCCUCUGCCUCUGCCUCUGCCUCUGCCUCUGCCUCUGCCUCUGCCUCUGCCUCUGCCUCUGCCUCUGCCUCUGCCUCUGCCUCUGCCUCCCAAGUGCUGGGAUUUAAGGUGCAUGUUACUACUCCCAGCUUAUUAUUAUUUUGGGGUGUUGAGGACUGGAGCCCCUGAAUGCUAUGUUAGUGACUGACCCUGAGUUAUAUUCUACCCAAUGGGCUCCUUGGGUUUUAUUGGUAGAGCUCCCUUAAAACUCAAUCCUCGGCUUCUGCUGGAAAUCCUCAGUUCAACCUGUAUAACACUGAUUCAAUAUUACCAGAGAAUUCACAGCCCCAAGGGAAUGGGCAUCUCUGGUGUUAGUCAUCACAGAAGAAAGCAGGUUCUGUUGACAAAGGUUUCUGUCACACCAGGUCCCACAGCUAUUCAGUCCCAAAGAAACACACAGAGGUCUAUAUUAAUUAUAAACUGGUUGGCCUAUUAGCUCAGGCUUCUUAUUAACUCUUAUAACUUACAUGAGCCCAUAAUUCUUGUCUGUGUUAGCCAUGUGGCUAGGUACCUUUUAUCAGUGAGGCAUUCUCAUCUUGCUUCCUCCAUAUCUGGGUGACAACUGCAGACUGAGACUUUCCUCUUCCCAGAAUUCUCCUGUUCUCAUUGCUCUGCCUCUACUUCCUGCCUGGCUACUGGCCAAUCAGCAUUUUAUUAGACCAAUACAAAUGACAAAUCUUUACAGGGCACAAGACCAUUGUUCCACAACACCAGCCUAACUUGGUUAUGUGUAAAAGUCACCAGGUGGUACUGGUUUUGAAGUCAUGAAGGAGUCAUAGAGAACAGCUGAGGUUUGGGCACUAUGUGGCAGGGCUGGAGUCCCUAAAGGAAGGCUAGAAGAGGCCAUCGGUGACGGUGUUGCCUCAGUAACAGUGGAGACCCCAGCAUAUUGAAGAUACCAUGCGUGGCAUGACCACCAGUAACAGCAGCAGCUGAGGGGUAGCGCCUUCCAGAGUGUAAGACACAAGCAAUGUCUACUGGAAAAACUGAGCCCUUUGGUGCUCAAAAGAUGGUGAGUGCCAUAUGUCAGGCAUAGUUGCGCUCUGAAAUUGAGUUUUGCUUUGAUUUGAUUAUGGUUGCCCUGUUUCUUCUCUCUUGGAGUAAGAAAGUAUGUAACAUUUUCGAUCUUACACAAGACAAUUUGGACUUCUUUUUUUUUUUUUCACUGUGUAGCCUUGGCUGGCCUGGAGCUCACUGUGUGGGCCAAGUUGACUUCAAACUCAUAGAGAUCCACUCUCUGCCUUCUGAGUGCUGACAUUAAAGUCUGGGUCGAGACUAUGAACUUUUUAAUGUCAUUUUUUUUAAGGACUGUAGGACUUUUAAAGUUAUAUCAGUUUUAUAGUGUUUGUUACAUUGAUAUUAAUAGGAGAUCUUAGGGAUCAGAAAAGGAGAGGUUAUGUUUUAAUAGUGAUGUGUUUGUGUGUCAAGUUGUCAAGGGGUCAACUGAGUUGGGUGGUUUUGCAAACUUGACACAAACCUAGACAUAACCUGGAAAAAGAAGAACCUCAGAUAAGUUAUGCCUUAUCAGGUUGGCCUAUAAGUAAGUCUGUAGGAUCAUUGUUUUGAUUAAUUAUUAAUGUGGGAGGGCCCAGCUCACUCCGUGUGCCACCCAUGGACAAGUGAUUCUGGGUUGAAUAAGAAUGCAGGCUGAGCAAGCCAUGGGGAGCAAGCCAGUAAGCAUCACUACCCCAGGGCCUCGGCUUCAGUUCCUGCUCCAGCUUCCUGCCUUAGCUUCUCUCAACAGACUGUGUCCUGGGAUGUGUAAGUCAAAUAAACCCUUUCCUCUCUAAGUUGCUUUGGGUCAUGGACUUUAUCACAGCGAAAGAAACCAAUCUAGAACAAGGAAUAGGCAUGUUAGUAGACAGAAAGUAGAUUAGAGGUGUCCGGGUCUGGAGCAGAGAAUUGAGAGUUUGGUUAUGGGCUCCAGAGCUGCCAUGGAGUGAUGUAAGUCUUAGAUAGUUGUGUAGCAAUGAGCACAAGCUUUAUACUCCUAAAAUGUAAAGUUUUUUGCUGUUGAUUUUGAGUGAGACAUAGUCUUACAUAGCCCAGGAUAGCUUCAAACUCCCUGUGAAACUGAGGCUGGCCUGACUCUCUGGCAUCGGCCUUCUGAAUGCUGGGGUUACAGGUGUAUAACGCCAUGCCCUAGCCAAAACGUACAUUUAAAAAUGAUGAACGAAUGCUGGGCGACGGUGGCGCACGCCUUUAAUCCCAGCACUCGGGAGGCAGAGGCAGGCGGAUCUCUGUGAGUUCGAGACCAGCCUGGUCUACAGAGCUAGUGCCAGGACAGGCUCCAAAGCCACAAAGAAACCCUGUCUCGAAAAUCAAAAAAAAAAAAAAAAAAUGAUGAACGAGCCAGAGGGUUGGCUCAGUGAGUAGGGGACUUGUCACCCAAGUCUGAGGAUCUGAUAAACAAAUCAAACGCCAUGCUUGUCAAUUGAUAAAUGAUUAAAAUGCCACUCUGAAAUGUGGUUUUAUGCUUUAUCUACUAGCUAAGGUAUGCAUGUCAUAUGUGUCUGGUGCCUGCAGAGGCCAGAAAAGAGCAUUAGAUCCUGGACCCAGAAUUACAGAAAGUUGUGAGCUGCCAUGUGGGUGCUGGAAAUCAAACCGGGGUCUUCUAGAGGAGCAGCCAGUGAGUGCACUUAACCGCUGAGCCAGCCCUCAGUUAAAGUAUUUUAAAUGAUACGCUUUAUGUUUUAUAUAUGGUAACAUAAUAAAAUGAUUUUUUUCCCAGAAAAGGUUAAGUAGCUCACUCAAGACAAUGCAUCUAGAAAGUGACCAAGCUAGAUUUGAACAAAAACUUGAAAUGGCGCCUGAGCUGACGCUCUGAAUACUUAAGCAGCCACCAAAACUGAGGCCAUCUGGGCCCUUGUCACCACUGUCUUAUGUGGCCUUUGGAAGCUCAUUCUUGUCAGCUAUUAAAUAAUAAGAUUUAAGUGCCUUGGACGGGUUUGACUUGCUGCAACCUGAUGAUAUUACUGUCUAUGCAGCACUUUUGACAUAAGAACAUGCAGGCUCUAAAACCUUGAUCUCACUGUGAUACUGUUUGCCUCUGGGAUGUUCCGUCACGCAGGAGCCCCAGGGGGAUGAUCUGCUUCUUAACCUGCUCCUCCUCCGGGGGUUCAUCCUGAAGUUGGGCCAGCCCUUGAGGAGGCCGCAUUCCCUCUCUCUCCCUUUUCUGGGUGAGGACUCAGGCUUGAAUUCAUUCCAGGAUAAACUUUCACCAGCCAAGAGAUAACACAACUUCAAGGUGACAACCAGGGACGUCUUUAAAAGUCCUCCUUCCUCGCCGAAGCCGCUGCAGCUUCUCCACUCCAGGCUGGCCAUCAGCCGAUAUCCGGCUACCAUGUGGGAACUUGUGGCUCUCUUGUUGCUCAUCCUAGCCUAUUUCUUUUGGCACGAGUCAAAGACACUUUGUACCAAUUACCCCAAGAGCCUCCCAUUCCUGCCCAUUGUGGGCAGCCUGCCAUUUCUCCCCAGACGUGGGCAUAUGCAUGUCAAUUUCUUCAAGCUGCAGGAAAAAUAUGGUCCCAUCUAUUCUCUUUAUCUGGGUACCACACCUACAGUGAUCAUCGGCCAGUAUCAGCUGGCCAAGGAAGUGCUCGUUAAGAAAGGAAAAGAAUUCUCCGGUCGGCCACAAAUGGUGACUCUAAGCCUCUUGUCGGACCAAGGAAAAGGCAUCGCCUUUGCCGACUCCAGUGGCACCUGGCAGCUGCACCGAAAGUUGGCGCUCAGCUCCUUUGCCCUGUUCAGGGAUGGUGACCAGAAACUGGAGAAGAUCAUCUGCCAGGAAGCCAGCUCACUGUGUGACUUGCUGCUCACCCACAACCAGAAGUCCAUCGAUCUGUCCCAGCCAUUGUUCAUGGCAGUAACCAACAUAAUCUGCGCCAUCUGCUUCAGCAUCUCCUACGAGAACAACGACCCGAUCCUGACCACCAUUAAGACCUUUACAGAAGGCAUCCUGGAUGGCCUGGGCCACGAUAACCUGGUGGACAUAUUUCCCUGGUUGGCGAUUUUUCCCAAUAAAACCUUGGACACAAUAAAGAGCUAUGUUAAAGUUCGAGAUGAAGUACUGUCUAAAAUAUUGGAAAAUUGCAAGGAGAAAUUCAGCAGUGACGCCAUCUCCAGCUUGACGGACAUUCUGAUCCAAGCCAAGAUGAACGCAGACAACAACAACAGCAGCGAAGCCCAGGCUUCGACUGCGUUUUCAGACCGGCACAUCCUCUCUACGGUGGCAGACAUCUUCGGGGCCGGGAUAGAGACCACCGUCUCGGUGUUGCGCUGGAUUGUGGCUUUCCUGCUCCACAAUCCCAAGGUGAUGAAGAAGAUCCAAAAAGAGAUUGACCAGAAUAUCGGUUUCAACUGCACACCAACUUUCAAUGACCGAAAUCGCCUCCUCAUGCUUGAGGCCACUAUCCGAGAAGUGCUUCGCAUCAGACCUGUGGCCCCCAUACUCAUCCCCCACAAGGCUAACAUUGACUCAAGCAUUGGCGAGUUUACCAUCCCCAAGGACACACACGUGAUCAUCAAUCUGUGGGCGCUGCACCACAGUGAGGAGGAGUGGGAGCGGCCAGAUGAGUUCCUGCCCGAACGCUUCUUAGACCCGACUGGAAGCCAUCUCGUCACACCCUCAUUAAGUUACCUGCCCUUCGGAGCUGGGCCCCGCUCCUGUGUUGGAGAGGUUCUGGCCCGCCAAGAGCUCUUCCUCUUCAUGGCCUGCCUGCUGCAGAGGUUUGAUCUGGAUGUGCCCGACGAUGGGCAGUUGCCCAGCCUGGAGGGUGACCCCAAGGUGGUCUUUCUGAUCGACCCCUUCAGAGUGAAGCUCACCGUCCGCCAAGCAUGGAAGGAUGCCCAGGCAGAGGUUAGCACCUGGAGGUCGUAACUAAAGUCUCCUGGUCCCAUGCUGUGCAGCCCAAAGCACAGAAUUAGAGGUGCCGCUCCCACCAUCCCCUACAUCCUUCCUGACUCCUGUCCCAUUACCUGGCUUGCAGCAGUGGAGGAUGGCGUGCCUAAAUUAAAGAUUUUCCAAUGAAA